UACCUUAUCUGAAUUCUGCCAAUAUUCGAAUAAUAUCUAUUGGGAUUUAUCUGGUCCAUAAUUUCUUGACAUUUUUCGGGUUUAUACUAUGGUCUUCAUAAAUUGUUCAAGAUUUUCAAGAGAGAAGAUAAUACCUCCGUUAUUUCAUGUACUACCUAUAUAAUAUAAUUAUAGUAUUGUAAAUUGUUGUAAGUAAACAAAAUAAUUUGGAACUUUUUGCAUUGCACAUGUGGACAAAAAAUUAUCUCGAAGUAAUUCAUAAUAUUAUGCAAGCGUACAACAUUACAAUUAAAUUAUGAACUAAGCUUAUGUAUUUUACUUUUGAUAUAAACAUAUCAAUAGAUCAUGAAUAAUUUAAAUUCUGACAUUAGUUGUAAGUAUGAAGUACUUGCAGAAAUAUCAUUUCAUGCCAAUACUUCAAAAAAUCAGUAUGUUAAAUUAUUAUGUAGUCGCCUUUUGGCCCGAAGUUAUCUAAGUAAAUUAGAUGCAAGGUACAUUAAGCAAACAGUACCUGAUAAUGAAGACGAUUGUGCAAUCAUUCAAGAACAGUUUACAAAUUUAAGUACCGAUGAAUCUCAACUACAUGCUCAAUGGUAUGCUUAUUGGGAAAAAAAUGGUGAAAACUUGGUUAAUGAAUCUUGGAUAAAACUGUAUGGAAGUUGCACAUUAGAUGACCUUCCAACAAACCCCGAAGAAUUAUAUCAGAAUCAUAAGGAACAGCAGUAUAAUAUGUUAUAUUGGAAAUUUAUCAAUGAGAUUGGUCYUACUGUUUCAGAAACUGAAAAGUCUAUCUCUGAGAAUUCUGAGAAUGAUGAGUGGAGUUUAAGCCAUAACGAAGAAAAUGAUGAUGAUCAUGUUUCAAAUUUUGAUUUUCUUUACAAAUAUAAACAUUUUCAACGAGCAAACAGUCAACUUUCCAAAGCUUAUUGGGCAAUAAGUAUAAUUGGACAUAUUUAUAAUGAUCAAAAUAUGUUUGAUAUGGGAUUUGUUCAGUAUCUUAAAAAAAACAUUAUUAAAUCUACUCGUCAUCUAAAUGUGUACAGGUAUCCAAAAAAGCAUGGAGCAUCAGUAUCUGAUGAUAACUUGUUAUUAAGUAAUUCUGAGAAUUGYGAGAAGAGUAAAGUCAAAAAUAAAAAAGCAUUAAAAAAAAAAGAAUGGAAAGAUAUGAAAGAAAAAAAUGCUAUUGAACAAAUGGAUAGAUUGGGCUAUAGUUAUUUGCAAAAUCAACCUAAAUUGUUGAAAUAUUGGAAAAAAAGAUAUUUGUUAUUUUCUGAAUUUGAUAAAGGGAUAAAACUAGAUGAAGAGAGUUGGUAUUCUGUUACUCCUGAAAUAAUUAGCAUUCAUAUAGCUGAACGAUGUAGCUGCUAUUUGCUUGUAGAUCCAUUUUGUGGAGCUGGAAGUAAUGUUAUUCAAUUUGCUAAGACUUGUGAGCUCGUUAUAGCUAUUGAUAUUGAUCCAAAAAAAAUUGAAAUGGCUCGUCACAAUGCAGAGUUAUAUGGUGUUGCAGAUAGAAUUCAAUUUAUCAUUGGUGAUUACUUUACUUUAGCGCCAACUCUUAAAGGCGAUGUUGUGUUUUUGUCACCACCAUGGGGUGGUCCUGAUUUUACAGACCUUGAAGAAUACAAAAUGAGCUACAUAAUGCCUGAGAAAGGUGGCAUAAAAGAAAUGAUGAGUUUGACUCGGCAAAUCACCUCAAAUAUUGCUCUACAUUUACCUAAGAAUACUAAUAUUUUUGAUUGCAUUCAAUCUUCAGAAGAUGGUUUUAUUGAGGUACAACAGAAUAUGCUUAAUUCAAGGUAUAACUCUUUAACAGCUUACUAUAGUGAACUGUAUGGUCUGUGUGAUGAAGAUACUGGGACAUAUUAUGAUGAUUAAAGUUUAGAAACAAUAGAUUUAAUACGAAUAUUUUAUAUUGUGAUGUUUGAUAUCCCACAAUUUUCUAUAUAUUUAGUGUAUGCUACAGUUCUUAUAAAGCCCUGUCCAGACUGAGAAAUAUUGGUCAGAAACUAAUAUUUAUUACAUUGUCGCCAACAAAUGUUUAUGUUACCAGUUAUGAUAGGAAACUAAAAAUAUUGUCGAUGAAAAAUCAGAAACAUUUCGAUAAAUGUUUCUUCGGUUUGGAUGGGGCUUUAGACAACAUUUAUUGUGUAUAAGGAAAUGCGUAAUGGAGUAUCCUAUUUAAUAUUAUCAUAUAUACUGGGUGAUUCAUUUAACUUAGAAUACUUAAUAUUUAAAAGUUUUAAUGUUUUUAAAAAUAUUUUUUCAUAUGGUUUUAAGAGGACGCUACACUUGCAUGUGUCGUCUCAGUCUUACAAGCGUACUACAUAGCAAAUUUUUGUUCGCUAGAUUAAAUAUUGUGCUGUUAGUUUUGAUAUUAGAGUGAAUUGACCCAUUAUCAAACUUUUAGGUACGAACAUUAUC